UAAAAAUCACUUCUGUCCAGAACGGAACCCAAGAUGGCUGCGCUCUUGCUGAGACAUGUUGGUCGUCAUUGCCUCCGAGCCCACUUUACCCCUCAGCUCUGUAUCAGAAAAGGUGUGGGGCAGUGGUAGCCAGAUGUGGAAUGGGCACAGCAGUUUGGGGGAGCUGUUAUGUACCCAAGCAAAGAAACAGCCCACUGGAAGCCUCCGCCUUGGAGUGAUGUGAACCCUCCAAAGGACACAAUGGUGAAGAACAUGACCCUGAACUUUGGGCCCCAACACCCAGCAGCGCAUGGUGUCCUGCGACUAGUGAUGGAAUUGAGUGGGGAGAUGGUGCAGAAGUGUGAUCCUCACAUUGGGCUCCUGCACCGAGGCACUGAGAAGCUCAUUGAAUACAAGACCUAUCUUCAGGCCCUUCCACACUUUGACCGGCUAGACUAUGUGUCCAUGAUGUGUAAUGAACAGGCCUAUUCUCUAGCUGUGGAGAAGUUGCUAAACAUCCGGCCUCCUCACCGGGCACAGUGGAUCCGAGUGCUGUUUGGAGAAAUCACACGGCUGUUGAACCACAUCAUGGCUAUGACCACACGUGCCCUGGAUCUUGGGGCCAUGACCCCUUUCUUCUGGCUGUUUGAAGAAAGGGAGAAGAUGUUUGAGUUCUACGAGCGAGUGUCUGGAGCCUGAAUGCAUGCGCUUGGGCUUAUGGAUGACAUUUAUGAGUUUUCUAAGAACUUCUCUCUUUGGCUUGAUGAGUUGGAGGAGAUGCUGACCAACAAUAGGAUCUGGCGAAAUUGGACAAUUGACAUUGGGGUUGUAACAGCAGAAGAAGCACUUAACUAUGGUUUUAGUGGAGUGAUGCUUCGGGGCUCAGGCAUCCAGUGGGACCAGAAGACCCAGCCCUAUGACGUUUACAACCAGGUUGACUUUGAUGUUCCUGUUGGUUCUCGAGGGGACUGCUAUGAUAGGUACCUGUGCCGGGUGGAGGAGAUGCGCCAGUCCCUGAGAAUUAUCGCUUGGGAGCAGAGUUGUACCAGAAAUAACCCCUGUGGAGGCUGAGGGCAUGGUUGGUAGAGACAAAAAAGUGGUGAAUCGGGCACACCCCAUGAAAGGCGUCUAGUCCAACCCACUGUACAUUCAGCCCCUCCACAGGGAUGCUGAGUGUUGAUGGAGAUGGUCUUACGGUGGUGCAGAUGGUUCCAGAAGCUCACAGUCCACCAGGCCCCUGACCCCCAACCCUUUGGGAAGGGUGUCUCCAUUUUCCUAGGCUGCUGUCUGCUUCUCCAUCGAGGCCUUCUCCACUCUCCUCAAGUUGUUCAUCUCCUCAGCCACCCUCACCCUCAGUGAUAACCUCGCCUCCUUCCUCACAGAGAAACCAGAUGCAAUCAGAAAGCAAAUUCCUCGUCCUCCUGCAGCCCACCCCCAGAAGUGUUCAUGUUUACCCGACAAGUAACACCAUCACCCCUUCUGCCUAAUGCAGCUCUCCCUCUGAAGGUCCAACGCCAUCAGCCUCCUAGGCCUCCUGGGGACCCUGCUCCUCCCUGCACACUCUCCUUUAUUUUCAGCCUCUUCAUCUCCACUGGGCCCAUCUUGGUUGGAGUUCCCUCAAAAGCAGACCCUGAAACAAGGGUUUGGGGACAAGCAGGUAUUCCAGGAAGUGAGGAACUAGGCAGGGGAGGAGAAAGUUCCAGAAAGUGCUUUAACAAGUAGGUCUCACCACUGGGGGUGAGUAGGGCUCUCUCCUGCCAGUGACCGCCUGAGGAACCACGUGGAACUCACCCAGAAGUCGUCCACAGGGAUGAAGUUGAUGGGUUAUCUGUCCGCUGCCCACAGCAUCACCUCCUGAGCAUGGCUGGGUUGUGCCUGCUCCCUUGUGGCCAGAGAAGGUCCCCGGGCAGGAAAGAGAGU